GGUGGACGUCUUGAGUAGCACAAGGACCAUCUCAUCGUCGAUAUCGUCGCGUUUUAAAUAGCUGGCAACCUCUUUUCGUUAACUAGCGCGUUAUGGAUCGUGUGCGGCAAACAAUACGCGUCGCGCUUUUCGCUGCGAUGCUAGUCGCGGUGCUGGACGUCUCCUUAGGAGACUCGCGGAUACCCUUGACGUGCAAGAACAUCGCCAGGGACGCCAUCAUCAACAGCUGCAAGGGGCCCAGGAGCAAACGAUCCGUUCAGGAGCAAAGACCGUUGGUCCGAACGUUGACCAUAGAUGGGUUAGAUUCGCCAGCGGAGCCUGCCACCACUCAACAGAAGCGGCAAUGGAGAACUGAGAUACUGCCAACUGGAAUGAUAGGACCGAUGGGGCAGUUGGGACCGAUGGGGCCGAUGGGGCCGAUGGGGCCAAUGGGGCCGAUGGGACCGAUGGGACCGUACUCUAUUGGAGCAACGGACAACACCUACCACAACAUGGGAUUCAGUUCUCCCGGCCUGCAGAUCCAAACUGACGAGGGCGCCAGUAUGACGAGUCAGAUGAUGGGUCCAACGACUAGUUUCGCACCCUUUCCCGGAAGAUAUAGAUAUUCUGGGGACAGAGUUAGGUACCAAGAUGGCGACUUGAGUAAUAUGGAGAUACAAGUACCUUAUGCACGUACAUAUUGGAUUAAAACGUUGGAUUAUUAAUGUUAGGAUACGACUGCUGGUCUGUACGCCCUUUCACACUGCAAGUUUUAAUUCGACUGUUUCGAUUCAUCCAUGUUUGGCUGUAGUUGUAGAAUUAAGGAAGUAGCGGAAGAAAAAUUGUUUAAAAAGGGCUCUUAAUGGUAAAAAUCUCAAAUCGAUCGAUGGCAACUUUCAGUUGGAACAAGUUCUCAAAGUAUGUGUAUUUUUCAGCUUUAUGAAAACGAGUAGCGCCCUUAAGUGACUGCUCGAUGCCACUCCCACCACUGUGAAUCACGCAAGGGACGACUCUUCCUCCUACAACAGUGCUGUCCACGGAUUUGAUCAUUCGUGGUUUGCACGACGUUAUCAGUCGAAGUUCGUUUAUCCGGUGACAGAGAACAGAGGAUACUCUGUUGAUUCCGGAAUAUACUAUGGACGACAAGGAGGAGUCGACCUUCAAGUUUACACAAAGAAGCGAGAAACAGAGUGGUGGGGGAUACCUGUUUAGUGGCCUCGAGCAGUCAAUCGAUCGUCAUUCGAGAAACGAACUAUAUAUUCGCGCUUAUGUUACGUAGAAAAUAUUACGUAACAUAACAUAACAUCGACUACGUUAAAUUGUUGAGUUGAAAGAUGGGUUGAAAGAGUGAAUUGAAACUGUUUGUUUUUAAGUACUGACCAGUUUGAUAGCAUUAUAAUAGCCAGUAGUAAAACUUGUUUGAAAAUGUUUGGGAUAUAAUGGUGGUGUGCUUAAUCAUACGAUGUAACAAAAUAUUUAAAAAAAGAAUAAUAAAAUUUCGUUUUGCGUAACAUUCAAAAAUAUAA